AGCGCGGUCUGAGCUUUCAGCGGACUCGCGCUGUCUGGCCCGCCGGACUCACCGCCAGCUCCUCCCCCGUCCGCCGCCGUCACCCGGGAAACCGGCCGUGCUCGCCCGCCGACCUGAAGCUGGUUUCAUGGCAGCUACGAAGAAAGCAGUUUUGGGGCCGUUGGUGGGGGCAGUGGACCAGGGCACCAGCUCGACGCGCUUUUUGGUUUUCAAUUCAAAAACAGCGGAACUACUUAGUCAUCAUCAGGUGGAAAUAAAACAAGAGUUUCCAAAAGAAGGAUGGGUAGAACAAGACCCUAAGGAAAUUCUGCAGUCUGUCUAUGAGUGUAUAGAGAAAACGUGUGAGAAACUUGGACAGCUCAACAUUGAUAUUUCCAACAUAAAAGCUAUUGGUGUCAGCAACCAGAGGGAAACCACUGUAGUAUGGGACAAGUUAACUGGAGAGCCUCUCUACAAUGCUGUGGCUGCUCCAGUUUCUCCUGGCCCUUCAGUUCCAGUUGCCGUUGUUCGCUCUGGCUCUUCAGUUCCAGCUGCUGGUACUUCCUCAGUGUGGCUUGAUCUAAGAACCCAGUCUACUGUUGAGAAUCUUAGUAAAAGAAUUCCAGGAAAUAAUAACUUUGUCAAGUCCAAAACAGGCCUUCCACUUAGUACUUACUUCAGUGCAGUGAAACUUCGUUGGCUCCUUGACAAUGUGAGAAAAGUUCAGAAGGCUGUUGAAGAAAAUAGAGCUCUUUUUGGGACCAUUGAUUCAUGGCUUAUUUGGAGUUUGACAGGAGGAGUCAAUGGAGGUGUCCACUGUACAGAUGUAACAAAUGCAAGUAGGACGAUGCUUUUCAAUAUUCAUUCUUUGGAAUGGGAUAAAGAGCUCUGCGAAUUUUUUGAAAUUCCAAUGGAAAUUCUUCCAAAUGUCCGGAGUUCUUCUGAAAUCUAUGGCCUAAUGAAAAUCUCUCAUAGCCUGAAAGCUGGGGCCUUAGAAGGUGUGCCAAUAUCUGGGUGUUUAGGGGACCAGUCUGCUGCAUUGGUGGGACAAAUGUGCUUCCAGGAUGGUCAAGCCAAAAACACGUACGGAACAGGUUGUUUCUUACUAUGUAAUACAGGUCAUAAGUGUGUAUUUUCUGAACAUGGCCUUCUGACCACAGUGGCUUAUAAACUUGGCAGAGACAAACCAGUAUAUUAUGCAUUAGAAGGUUCUGUAGCUAUAGCAGGUGCUGUUAUUCGCUGGCUAAGAGACAAUCUCGGAAUUAUUAAGUCCUCAGAAGAGAUUGAAAAACUUGCUAAAGAAGUGGGUACUUCUUAUGGCUGCUAUUUUGUCCCAGCGUUUUCAGGGUUAUAUGCACCUUACUGGGAGCCCAGUGCAAGAGGGAUAAUCUGUGGACUCACUCAGUUCACCAAUAAAUGUCAUAUUGCUUUUGCUGCAUUAGAAGCGGUUUGUUUCCAAACCCGAGAGAUUUUGGAUGCCAUGAAUCGUGACUGUGGGAUUCCACUCAGUCAUUUGCAAGUAGAUGGAGGAAUGACAAGCAAUAAAAUUCUGAUGCAGCUACAAGCAGACAUUCUGUAUAUUCCAGUAGUCAAGCCCUCGAUGCCUGAAACAACUGCACUGGGUGCUGCCAUGGCAGCUGGAGCUGCAGAAGGAGUUGGUGUGUGGAGUCUCGAACCUGAGGAUUUGUCAGCUGUCACAAUGGAGAGGUUUGAGCCUCAGAUCAACGCUGAGGAAAGUGAAAUACGUUAUUCUACGUGGAAGAAAGCUGUGAUGAAGUCAAUGGGCUGGGUCACAACGCAGUCUCCAGAAAGUGGUGACCCUAGUAUCUUCUGUAGUCUGCCCUUGGGCUUUUUUAUAGUGAGUAGCAUGGUAAUGUUAAUCGGAGCAAGGUACAUCUCAGGUAUCCCAUAAUUAAUAGAACUGACGGAUUCCCAAGAUGCAAGCUUUUUAUGUAAUGAGAGAAUCCAGCAAUUCUAUCUCUUAAUGUGAUGACACUAUUCAUAGACUCUGAUUUUAUUUAUAAGCCACUUGCUGCAUGACCUUCCAAGUAGACCUGUGGCUUGAAAUAAAGAAAAUGCAGCAGAAAGAAUGCUGUGGAAA